AUGUCGAACCUCUCCAACCACGAUCUCCGCAGUGCAGCCAAACCCUACCAAAGAGAUAAGAAUCACAACUCCAAAUGGGCUCGAGGUCCUGUUGAGACUUCCUAUCGACAAUGCGUCAAGCAUGAACAACCAGAACCAAACUGUGUCAGAUGCACUGGUCGUCCAGCGCCAAGAGAUUUUGAUCGUCGAAUGGGUGGUGCAAUCGCCCUCAACAAGCACACGGCCCAGCAGAAAAUCAGUAGACAAGCCUCAGCAGUUGCUCGCAAGGCCUUCCGUAAUGAGGUUGUCGAUGCCAUGGAUGGUCCCUUGGCUAAUGUCUCGGACAACUCAUCUGAAGGCGAAGAUGUCUAUGAAGCCUCUGCUGCUCCCCUGCCAGCCGAGGCUGACUUCAUGUACAACUUUGAUGCCAUGACCGGUCCUCGUGCUGGUACUGAUAUUCUGAGCAAUGCCAUUACUCAAGCUGUUCGUCGAUUCGAGAACAACGAAACAGAGAAACUGGUCAACAAGGAAUACGAUGUCGUUAGUGACAAGGACACUGCUGAAGGAUAUGCCGGCGAUGAUGAUGAUGAUCAUGACUUCGAGAUGAUUGAUCACUCUCAUCUGAAGUGA